UAUCCAGGCAUAGACUUUUGAUUGUAUCUUUCUUUUAUAUUCCUGGAAAUCACAGACACACCAGCCAGGAUCUUUUUGCUUCUUCUCUCCUGCCUGUAAAAUAAUUAAAAUGAGCUCCUAUUUUGUCAAUUCACUCUUCUCCAAAUACAAAACAGGAGAGUCUUUGCGUCCCAAUUAUUAUGAUUGUGGCUUUGCCCAGGAUCUAGGCGGCAGACCCACAGUUGUGUAUGGACCUAGUGCUGGGGGUACCUUCCAGCACGCUACCCAAAUUCAGGAGUUUUACCACGGAACGUCCUCCUUGUCCUCUCCCCCUUACCAGCAGAACCCUUGCGCCGUGACCUGUCAUGGGGACCCCAGCAGCUUCUAUGGAUACGACCCUUUGCAAAGACAGAGCCUGUUCAGCAGCCAGGACUCGGACCUAGUACAAUACACCGACUGCAAGUUGGCCUCGGCCGGCCUGGGGGAAGAGGCAGAGAGCUCUGAGCAGAGUCCCUCACCCACACAGCUCUUUCCAUGGAUGAGACCACAAGCAGCCGCCGGACGCAGGAGAGGCAGACAGACCUACAGUCGCUACCAGACCUUGGAGCUGGAGAAAGAAUUUCUUUUCAACCCGUACCUGACGCGCAAGCGGCGGAUUGAGGUCUCCCACGCCUUGGGACUUACUGAGAGACAGGUCAAAAUUUGGUUCCAAAACAGGAGGAUGAAAUGGAAAAAGGAAAACAACAAGGAUAAGUUCCCCAGCAGCAAGUGCGAGCAGGAGGAGCUGGAGAAACAGAAAAUGGAGAGAUCACAAGACACUGAGGAGGUGCUGGAUGGACAAAAGAGUGAGAAAAGCCUGGACUAAAUGCCAUUUAUUAAGCUACUCUCCAGCUCUUUCCAAUCUUCGUCCCGUGUUCCUGGAGGGAUACAGAGGGACACAAUGUUGCUGUAAACGGUGUAGCUGUAAAUCCCCUCUCUGUAACUCAUCCUAUUUGAUACAUAAAUAACCAGUUCCCAUCAGACAAGAAACCUGCUGUCUUCCUACCCUUUGGGGGUGAUGAAGGAAAUGACUUUCUAGUGUUUGUGUAUAACGCAAUAGCUUUUGUGGAUCAUAACUUGGGUUGUUUUGUUUGGGGAAGGUUUGCUAUAGAAGUUUUGUGUGCACUAUUUCUCUUUGUGGUUUACUGUAUUUCUUUAUAUAUAUAUUAUAAAAAGAACAGACCAACAACAUGAAACUGCCUAAUUCAGCUGUAGACCCCUCGCUCACACACUGCUAGUUCCCCCCUCGUUUUGUCCCUGCACCCCGUAUUUCCAGUGUGUGCGGGGAUGUAGUUAGCAUGCGCCGAGUGAAAGCCACUUGUGAUUUUAGGGUUACUGUGA